UCGUGCGUUUCGCAUCGAUAUAGAAAUUUUAUUCGCAAAUCUCUUUCAUUCAUUAUGUCUGGCCGUGGGAAGGGCGGGAAGGCUAAGGGAAAGGCAAAGUCGCGAUCAAAUCGUGCCGGACUGCAGUUCCCCGUUGGACGUAUUCACAGACUUCUCCGUAAGGGAAAUUACGCUGAACGCGUUGGCGCUGGUGCUCCGGUCUAUCUUGCCGCGGUGAUGGAAUAUCUCGCCGCUGAAGUAUUGGAGUUGGCAGGAAAUGCUGCACGCGAUAACAAGAAGACCAGAAUCAUUCCUAGGCAUUUACAACUAGCCAUUCGUAAUGACGAAGAAUUGAAUAAAUUGCUCUCCGGCGUCACUAUCGCCCAGGGUGGUGUACUGCCAAACAUUCAAGCGGUCUUGCUGCCGAAGAAAACUGAGAAGAAGGCUUAACUACAGAUCGGCAACAAUUAUAAACGGCCCUUUUUAGGGCCAACAAUUUCUUCAUAUACAAAGGACAUUCAGUUUGCAACUCUUUUACACGAAAUAUUCAAAUAUAAACAUUUUAUUUUA